AUGGGGCCAUCACAGUCUACACACAAGUCAGAUGACUCUCACGGACAAGAGUUUAUUCUCCCGCCCUUCACUCGUGACGUUACUACCACUAAGCCAGAGGCCAAAAGAUGGGUCGAAGACGGCAUCGUUUGGUGCUACGCUUUCAACCAUGCCGAAGGAGAGCGCUGUUUUGAAAGGGCCAUAGAAAUUGACCCGGAAUGUUGCCUCGCAUAUUGGGGCCUUGCCUUUGCUCUUGGUCCCAACUACAACAAGCCAUGGAAAGCAUUCGACCGGAACGAUCUUAAGCACACCACUUUGAAAGGUCUUGAGGCUUGCAAAAAUGCUGAAGCUCUAGCCUCAAAAGCGAGUCCCGUUGAGCGAGCACUUGCUGGUGCCAUUCGACAUCGCUUCCCAAAGGAUGAGAACGACACAAAUCAUGCAAGGAGUUGGAACAGCGCCUACGCGGAAGCUAUGAGACCUGUUUAUAAAGAGUUCAAAGAUGAUCUCGAUAUCGCAACCCUGUACGCCGAUGCACUCAUGAAUCUCACGCCAUGGGCUCUGUGGGACGUCCGAACAGGGAAGCCUGCACCUGGCUCUGAGGUCCUCGAGAUUCAAGAAGCUCUUGAAAGAGGUAUCGCUCAGGAGGGCGGGUAUGAGCACAUCGGACUCUUGCACGCCUACAUUCACGUCACCGAGAUGUCGACCGAGCCUGAAAAGGGUCUCCUUGCAGCAGAGCAUCUUCGCAGACUGGCGAAUGAAGCAGGCCACCUGGCUCACAUGCCUUCGCAUCUCGACAUCCUCAUCGGAGACUAUCGACGAGCCAUAUCUGCUAAUGCAAAGGCUGUCAUAGCUGAUGAGAAGUUUGUGUCACUUCGUGGUGGCGGUGACUUCUACACCAUCUACCGUAUGCACGACUACCAUUCACUCAUCUACGCUGCCAUGUUUGCUGGCCAGUAUGGUGUCUCGAUCAAGGCAGUGAACCAAAUGGAAGUGGCGAUUCCAGACGAAGAUCUGCGGAUUGAGUCGCCCCCGAUGGCAGACUGGCUAGAGACUUUCAGAUCAGUUCGUCCACAUAUCCUGAUCCGCUUUGGAAAAUGGGAGGAGAUUAUUGAAAUGCCCCUUCCUGCGGAUCAGGAGCUGCUCUGUGUGACAACUGCGACAAUUCACUAUGCCAAGGGUGUUGCCUAUGCGGCGCUGGGAAAUGUUGAGGAGUCAGCUAAACAGCGAGAGCUCUUUAUCGCUGCUAAAGCUCGUGUGCCGCCGACUCGUACACAAUAUCCUAACAAGUGCCUUGAUGUCCUGGCUGUGGCCGAGGCCAUGCUUGACGGCGAACUCGAGUACCGACGGGGCAAUAUUGAGCUUGCCUUUGAGCAUCUUCGAAAGUCAAUUGAUCUCGAUGACGGUCUGCGAUACGCUGAGCCAUGGGCGUGGAUGCAACCCGCCCGCCAUGCGUACGCCGCUCUCCUUAUGGAACAAGGCCGCAUCGAAGAAGCUGCUGACGUAUACCGCACCGAUCUCGGUUUGAAUAACAAGCUGUUCAGGGCAAGGCAUCACCCUAACAAUGUUUGGGCCCUCCACGGUUAUCACGAGUGUGCAGCGAAGCUGGGACUUGAGGGGGAGGCGCGGGUCGCAUAUGCUCUCCAAGAUCAGAAUAUUGCACGCCUCUUCCACUCCUACACGUCCACUAUCUCGGCAUGGUAUGAUCUCAGCGACUCAACAUGUUCCUUUGGCCUUGUUGUUCCGGCAAUCGCUCUAGAGGAGCCUCUUCUCUUCUGUGCUGUCAUCGCACUCUCUUCAAUGCAUGCAUGUAAAACAUCAGCUCCAAGUUUUCGUCAAGUCGCCGAAUUCUACCAUCAUCGCUGUGUCCAGUUUCUUAUCGCUUUGGAUGCGGGCGAUGAACUCAUCAGCCGAGGUGUAGCGCUGGCUGCGACGUGUCUUUUGCGCUCAUACGAGAUUCUUGAUGGCGAUGUUGAUCCCAAUAUGCAUCUUCGUGGUGCUUACUCCAUGGCUUCACUCCAUGAUGUGCUCUCGGGUAUCCCACAAGCAGGUUUAUUAGGUGCAGGAUUCUGGAACUAUCUCAGAGAGGACAUUACAUUCAGCCUAUUUGAGGAGUGUCCGUUGAAGAUGAACCUGGAGAGUACACCACUGAUCAUUCAGCAUAGUUCUGAUCAAGAUUAUCUCAACUCUAUUACUCUAAUCCUGGGCAAGAUAAUCAAUAUGUCUUUCAAACAAGACACAGAUGGUCUUCAGUGGGACUACGUGAAGGAAGACCUCAAAUGCUGGCGGAAUUCCUGCCCUCGUCACACGAAGCCUUACUCAAGACUGCAGGCUGCGAUACUUCACUACUACCUCGUCGCAAUGACAAUAGUCUGCAUCUACACUUCUCCCAAAAGUCUAGAGGACUUGGGUGGGCUUCAUCUCCCUGAGCUCGAGGCUCACUCCAAAGAACAAUUUCUAGAGAAUUUUGCCCUUGAGAUUUGCGGCAUUGCUUUCACUGCCAAGGUCCCGUCAGUUCUGGUAAACGCAUUCGGGCCAAUAGCUUUUUGCGCAAGAUUUAUCAAAGCCGAGGCGUCUCAACAGGAGCUGAUUCGGCAGCUUCUUGCAUGUAAAUCAACUAUAGGAUGGCCGGUUGAGCGACUCAUUGGCGAUCUAAAGGCAUCCUGGGGGAUGGGCCAGGAGUAA